CUGUCCUUUAAUGUUUUGAUGCGAUAUUGUUACCUGGUAAAUUUUAGGACCAAAUAAAACUAAUUUUAGAUUUAUAAUGAAGUUAUAAAAACUGCAGUCCCGUAUACCCUUUACCUGGUAUCCCUUAGCUAAUAUCUUGCAUGAUUGCAGUAUAACCAUCAGGCUUUGGGAAUCAGCACUAUUGCAGUCACACCCGCUACGUCUCAGUCUUUACUAAUGACCCUCUCUUUCUGUUGUCUCUUUGACAGUGCUGGGGAUCGAGCCCAGGGCCUCUCCCAUGCUAGUUCAGCAAUCAGCAAACACUGGGAGGCUGAACUAGCGACCCUCAAAGGAAACAACGCCAAACUCACCGCAGCCCUGCUGGAGUCCACUGCCAACGUGAAGCAAUGGAAGCAGCAGCUGGCCGCCUAUCAGGAGGAAGCCGAGCGGCUGCACAAGCGGGUCACUGAGCUCGAGUGUGUUAGUAGUCAAGCAAAUGCUGUGCACACACACAAGGCAGAGCUGAAUCAGACAGUGCAAGAGCUGGAAGAGACGCUGAAAGGGAAGGAAGAGGAAAUCGAAAGACUAAAACAAGAAAUUGAUAAUGCCAGAGAACUCCAAGAACAGAGGGACUCUCUGACUCAGAAACUACAGGAAGUUGAAAUUCGAAAUAAAGACCUGGAGGGGCAGCUGUCUGACCUAGAGCAGCGCCUGGAGAAGAGCCAGAGCGAGCAGGAGGCUUUCCGCAAUAACCUGAAGACACUCUUAGAAAUUCUGGAUGGAAAAAUUGAACUAACAGAAUUACGAGAUAAUUUGGCCAAACUACUAGAAUGCAGCUAA